CAUCAUGUCAACCAGCUCUGCAGGAAGUGCAUCUUGUGCCUAGCUGGAAUAUGAGGAGAAGAAGCUGUUUUAGACAGAGUUAUUGGGACGAAAAACUAAGCUUUUGACGAAAAAAAAACAUUGGGAGAUGGACAAUUAUCAAAGAGGACGACCAUGGGGAAAGCUUGUCAAAGUGGACUCCAGUGAAACUGUCCUGCUUUUCAACAGGGAAUGCACAGUUGGCAGAAAAAAAGGAUGUUAUCUGUCCUUCCCAGCCAACAAACUGGUCUCAGGGGAGCACUGCAAGAUUGUUCAAGAUGAAAGCUCAGGACUGGUCUGGCUUGAAGAUAUGAGCACUAAUGGCACAGUGAUCAACAUGUCUAAACUUGUCAAGAAGCAAACUCACAUGCUGCAGAACGGUGAUGUCAUCUACUUUGUAUACAGGAAAAGUGAGCCUGAACAAAACAUUGCCUAUGUUUACCACUCAAUCAAAACGGAGCAAGUUAUUUCGCAACAUGGUUAUGACACAGAGAGGUCCGCCCACAGUCCUGCUCCUGUCCCGUCGUCAGAGAUGUCUCUCUCUGUAGAGCCUGUAAUGCUCACAAAGGCUCCUCGUGAUCCAACUCAGGAGGAACCUCAACCCUCCACCUCCGCUUCCCACUUCUGCAUCGGAACUCCAUCCACUUCUGGUCCCAUUGUAUCAGCAGCCUGUCCUGCCUCUGGCCAAGCUGAAGAUAGUGCCCCAGCACAGGAAGAAGACAUGGACAACAUGGAGCCAGAAAGCAAGAGGAGGAAAACUGAUGGCAAUAGAUUUGAAGAAGAUUAUGAUUUGGACUUGCCACACACCUCCUGCACAGAAGUGGUCAGUCCAACCAAGGGACUACUGUCUAAACCCCCAGUGGAAGGGACAAAGACAGACAAGAUGGAGGAGAGUCUGACAUGUGUUAUUUGUCAGGAUCUUCUGCAUGACUGUGUCAGCUUGCAGCCUUGCAUGCAUGUCUUCUGUGCUGCCUGCUACUCUGGUUGGAUGGAGCGUUCUUCUCUUUGCCCCACCUGCCGCUGCCCUGUGGAGAGGAUUCGUAAGAACCACAUCCUCAACAACCUGGUGGAGGCCUACCUAAUCCAGCGCCCAGAAAAGUGCCGCAGUGAGGAGGACCUAAAGAGCAUGGACAGUCGUAACAAGAUAACUCAGGACAUGUUGCAGCCAAAAGUCGAGCGCUCUUUCUCAGAUGAGGAGGGCAGUUCAGAUUACCUCUUUGAGCUCUCUGACAAUGACAGUGACUCCUCAGACAUGAGUCAGCCACUAGUGAUGUGCAGACAGUGUCCUGGCUACAGGAGGGAGGUCAGUCAGGUGCUGUUUGCUACAGCUUCCAACUACUGGCUGCCUGGUCUGUCAGCUCCACCGCCUAUACCCCCUCCACCCAAACCAGCAACUGAGGAGGGGGCUGCAAAGCCCACAGGGGAGCAGCCUUCCACAUCCUCUGACAUCCCUGCAGCUCCUCAGGAGUACCGCUGCCCCCCUCAGGGCUGCCACCUCAUCUGCACCUGCUGCCUCCAGCCAAUGCCAGACAGACGGGCCGAGCUCAACAGCGAGCAGGUUAAUCCUCAACAAUGUGUGCUGUGCCAGCGACCCUUCUGUCAUAUGUACUGGGGCUGCCAGAGGAUUGGCUGUCAAGGCUGUCUGGCUCGAUUCAGUGAGCUCAAUCUCACAGACAAAUGCCUGGAUGGUGUGCUGAACAACAAUAACUAUGAAUCAGACAUCCUCCAGAACUUCCUGUCCUCCAGAGGGAAGUCAUGGAGAGAUCUGCUCCAGGAGUCUUUGCAGGCUUUACAGCAGGGAAACUACUAUCUCUCAGAUUGUCGCAUCUCUCCAAAUGUCAUUGUGUGCUUCUGCUGCGGCCAGCGAGCAUUCAAAGAGCUUGCCUACAAAUACAGACAGAACAUCGCUCCUUCUGAACUGCCAGCUGCUGUAACAUCUCGUCCCGACUGUUACUGGGGACGCAACUGUCGCACGCAGGUGAAGGCACAUCAUGCAAUGAAAUUCAAUCACAUAUGUGAGCAGACACGUUUCAAGAGCUGAAGGAGCAGCGUGUUUUGUUCCUCCACCUAAAGUGUCAAAUGUAGAUACUGGAGCAUCUCAUCGACCCAAUCUUCUCAAGUUUUGUUGUGUCCAUUGUAGCUUACUGCCUUCCACAUGUUAUGCAAUAACCUAAUGCAGAAAUUACAAUCAGUAUCCAUUUACAAUAGUGACCAGUGUCUUACUUGACACAGGGCUGUGUGAAAUAUUGCUAUGCACAAUAACAUUAAAGUUCAGUGUUUACUAAGGGUUUGGAUUGCCUUUAAGAGGGAGGGACAUUUAACACCAGCCAUCACUUAAAUUUAAACAAUUUUGUCUGUGGCUAAUGCAUUCAUUUAGUCAACCAGGCAACCAGCCACCAACUGUUAGUCUUUUGUGUUGUUUGUUUAAAGUACUUCCUGAUAUGUGCUCCAGCCUUUGUAACUAAAAUGUUCUUGGAUUCAGAGCGAGUGAGGCAAUCUGUAUGGAUUAAGGCCAUUUAUGUUCGCUUGCACAUGUUUGUGAGCAUGUUUUAUAUCAUGUCUCCUCCAGCCUUGGUAAUUGAGGAUUCAAACUCCCGACCUUCUUUAAUUGUGAUAUAUUUUAACAGUUGUUUAAAUCCAGGGCUUCCUACAUAAUGCUGAUGACAAGGUAACAGUAAUAGUGAUACUAGCACCACCAUUUUGGCCAUGACACAAGCAGUUUUCCCAGGUCCAACCUUUCCAAUAUAUUAUAAGGUGUUAAGUGAGAGACUUUUCUUGUUUUGCCAGGGCAUUACUCUGUUCCCAGACAAGGGCAAAAAGCCACAACAAACCCCACAUACAUACUAGGGUAGAUUUAUAAUCCCAUGUGAUAUUUGUAGAGGAUUGGGAAGGGGAUCAAUGUGUUGUAAGGCUGUCAGAGGGCAUGGUGGGCCUCUGUUGUAUGCUUUGCCCUGGAUAAUCAAGGUGAUUAACGUAGUGUAGAAAGGACGUUUCGUUGAACCUUGUAGUAAGGGCUAAGCUGAGAUAUAAUGCACAGUCACUCCAUGUAGACUCUUGAGAGGAAAAAUUAGGUUGCACUACAGGCAACCAGAAAUGGUUGUAUGCUGAAGGAGAUGUUGCUUUCAGUGGCACAAGCCCAUAGAGGAGAGAGUUUUUGUAUGCAGAGUUUUACAGGAUGCACUUGCAGAACCAACAGUUUCAAGAAUUGUGCCAAUACAAACACAACAGCUUGUACUGUUGUCAUUUGUCUUUCCAUUAUAUAUGUUCUAGCUUACCUUGCAAAAAAUUUGAUAGAGGUUUAUUUAGAUAUUUAUGGAAACCCUGAGAGGCAAGAGAGAAAAACAAUUGUACUAAUCCAGUUUCUAAGUCUGUUCUAAAUUGUUUUCUGUUGUGUGAUGACUUAAGCACAGGUGGGGAAAACGUUUUGCCAGGAAACAAUGUUUGAUCACCAUUUUUUUUCCUUGUUAUUUGUCUCUCAGGGCUUUCGUAAAAGUUUCUCUGGUUCCUCAGGUAUACAAAGCUGCUGUUUUGUUUUUUUAAUUGCACCAUAUUUGGUGGUUAGAAUUUUUUUUCAACAUGUUACUGAACAGUCAUGUUGAAUCUUAUGACCUCUCAUUUAUGACUAUCAUCACCCAAGUGUCAGUAAGUCCCCAUCAUGCAAACAGAUUGAUACCUGCUCUUGAAGAAAAAAAAAAUGGACAAGUCAGUUUUUUGGACUUAUUUACCCUAAUCAGAUGAUCGGACAUUAGUUACAAGAGGCCUUACAUAAUGAAAUACUAGGAUGAAGUAAUAGGCUUGAUGACGUUUUUUUGUGGGAUCUUUAUUAGUGUGUAAAAAUGUGUAUGGGGGUAAUAGAAAAUGUAAAAAGCUUAGGCCUUCAGUUGAUUUAGCAGAAUACGCACUAAAAUGUUUUCUUAAUGUGUUAUAUUGUACAGCUAUGAGGAUAUUUGCACAUAACUCAAUUCACACAAAUGAAAAGACUUCUUUUUAAGGUUAUGAUAUGAACAGAGGAGUCUUCAUCCAGUGUAUGGAAUGUCAGUACUCUGGCUCAUAAUAUCUGAUGUGUAAUCAUGUUAAGAGUUUUAUUCCAAAAUUAGUUGUACAUCAUCAGGAAGAAAAAUGCAACAAGAGAAAAAUAUAGCUUUUUUUUAAUGACAUCCUUAGACAUAGUUUAAUAGAAUUAUGUGCAUUUUUGAGGGUAUAGUAUAAGUAAUAUUAGCCAUAGUAAAUAUGGAUACAGUAUGUGUUGUUUUGGAAUGUAGCUCUUUAUAUUUUCAUUGAGAUUGUGAAUGAGCCUCUGCCUGAGCGCAGUUAAUGUGUGGUGCUUUAGGUGUUUCUUGAUUUUAAUUUUUUUUUUAUUACCCCCUCAGUCAUAGUGGGUCCACACUGGCAUUCCUUAGCAGCUCAGGCCCUCAGCACAAGCCCGGUCGAUCCCCCGACAGAAUGGCUGAGUUUUAAUUAUUCCCUACCGAAGAUCUGGGCACCCUAAGCCAACAACAGUCCCAAGCCGCUCCAAUCAGGAAUUGGUAAUAAAGAGGCUUUGGAGGAGUGCUUUGCAGUCUCCCUGGGGUGGGGUGUGGGAGGGCAUGUUGUAUACUAAGGCAAAUAUUUACCCACUUUGUGUUUAAAAGUCUGGACCAGUGCUGCUCAGCAGUAUGGAAGAGGCAGGGUUCAUUCUACCUCAUCACAACUCCCAGGGAUAUGGGAGAUUGAGCAGGCAUCAGUCACAUUCACAUCAGCUGGGCACACAUGUCUCCAUGUAAGGUCCUUACCGAUGCCUGUAAACUUCGUAUGCAAUGCACUAUUUGAACAGUUAGUCUAGACUAUAAUCAACUUCUUGUUAAAUCACUAUAGAGUAGCACUAGGCACAUCCAAAAGAUGUGUGUGGACUUUUUGUUUGACAAAUAUGUUUAAGAGUUUGAUAAAUGCCUCUUUACCCUGUGUGUUGUAUUAGCAAUGCUAAAAUUGUCUUUGAAAUGUAUGCAGAUAUGAUUUGCCCAUUUAUCUUAACAAAUUAAAAGACUGAUAUAGCUGUCUGUGGAA